AUGCGGCAGCUAGUGAACCCUGAAAAGCGCCUGACCAACCGUCAGGUGGACAUUUCGUCAGGGUGCCGCAGACGAGCCUCACGACGAGAUCCAUCUAUUGCCGCCACUCUUCGUGACCGUCGUGAACCUCGCGAGCUUUUCAGUCGGACAAAGAUAUGCCAUAAUGAACGGUCUCAGGCCCGCACUUCCUUAUCUUCAAAUCUAACUCUGACAAUUAUGUAUCAUUAUAUCACUGUUAGGUUCCCUAUAGUACAUAUUCCGAGAUCGUCCCGUCGCCCCUUUGUCCAAUCUACCAGUUGCUGCCUUCGAAUACCGAUGCGUUUUCGCAUCCUUGCUCCUUCCUUUAUUGCCGCUCGCACCUCCCUAAAUCGAGACACAGAGAGUGUAUCUGAAGAGGGCCGCGGACUGCCCAUACUUGCUUCUCGCGUAUCCUUCUGCGACUCUUCACACUUCACCAUCUCCGAAGCAAGCUUUCGGAGCUCUAGCGUCUCCAGGUCUCCAUACCCAAUCCCAGACUCAUCCAUCACAUUUCUUGCCAGCCAUGGAUGCGUAUCAUGUGUAGGACUCAGAGUCAUGAACCGACUCAUUGGCAGCAAUGUCACUAUCUUGAACGUUGAAAUCUGCGUCCUCGAAGUCGUCAACCUCUCCGAAGAUUCGGCGAUAUGUCUCUUGCUCGUUUGCUCGGGCCCGUUCUUCCAGGAUCAGAUUGACCUGGAAGUACCCAUCGCUCUUUACCAAGUGUUAGCCAUGAAAUACCUUCAUAGGUCAUGGCUUCUCACCUUGGGGUAUGCUGCAUUAUGUAUUCGCAUGUUCUCCUCUGACAAUCGGCCCGAAGGCGUUGAGCGUCGCUGCUCCGCCAUUUCCACUUCUAAGUACUGCUUGUCUUUUCUACCUUUCUGGAUAUUCUCGCCUGGAACACGACUAAGAGAGCACACUUGUCAACCUUUAUCCAUUCAUCUACCAAUCUACGAGUUCGACACCUACCUUCGUCUUUCGUAUCCACGAAAGAGGCUGAGGCAUGAAUUAUUGCACCUUUGGUUCGGAGUAGGAAGGUUGAUGGUGUGGGACGCACAUUCCAGGAGCGAUGUCCUUAUCACGGUCGACUAUGAGGACCUCACGAUCGAAAUCAGGGCUGUGGGUGAUAUAUGCCCAACUCUGGGGUAUUGUACCUCUCUCUCAGCACCGCACGGAUGCGUUUAUUCCCCGAAACCUUUGCGCGAGGUUGCACGUUAUGAGUCGUUGCAUGGGACGGCACAUGCAGGCUUCCUGCCCCAUUACCAUGGUCAGACGUGUGCAUAUUGCCUUUUAGCCUUGCGCCAACACGCGGUGGCCGCUGAUCCCUGGGCUCGGGUGGGGAUGUCCAAGCUAGCCAGAUUUCCCAAUGAUAUCUCCACGAGCACCAUUGCUGCGUCUCCGCCACUUGAAACAUGUGGUCUAUGGGACUUUCAUCUUAAUGCACUUCAACCGGCUUCUCAUGGCAUUCUUGUUCGCUUUUCAUAUUCCAUAAUCGUUACGAGCGGGCAUUUCGCCGGAUCAGGGCAUUGCGCCAUAGGAUCGAUGUUACAAACUCGACUCCUCAAACAACGCCCUCUCAGUCUUUCGUGCGCUGAAUUCGACAAACUCGGCAUUUUUUUUCUUCCUCACUACAACCAUGUGCACGUCAAAAGGGGCCAAAACCGUUCAGCAUCCAAUCAGAAUCUCAGUUCGGUCGACAGUCGAACGGCUGACAGACGAACAUCUGGAACAUCCAUAUUUGUUGUCGGUGACACCGUAAAAUGGGGGUGGGCAAAUUCGAUUGUUUUCUUUCUUUGGACCCUGGAACAGCAAGAACGAUUUAUCCGUGCCGCGUGGAAGGAGUGGCUUCAGCCCUCUUAUCGUCACCAUCCUGUGCGCAUGGUUUACGAUCUGAACCUGCACUCGAUCACAUUGCCAUCACACCACCUUGACACUCACCUUGACACCCAUCAGUGCUUCGUUCAAGAGCUCUCUGCUGUACCAUUGCUGUGGGUUGCUUUUCGUCCCGAUGCAUUGGUUACGGGGUCGAAUAAAGUUCAACUUGCCCGCCUUUUGAACGAAAUGUGGAGCAAAACAGACGCCAGAAGGUCAGAUGUGAGCUGGCGGUUGCUCAAAGCUCCACUUCCGUUGAUCCCGCGAGGUUUCAUUGGAACGACCGCCGAACGACCCACAAGAAGGCAAUUGAACUUUAACAACCCCACGUUCCAGUCUCCGAGUGCCCAACAUGAAGCGCCUUCAUGCACUUCCAGGCUGCCUCUGUCCAAUUGUCAUGCUGAGAGCACAGGGACGCUUCCAAGAGCUUUAUCCGUCCGCGGAAGGUUGCCCCUUGAAAUCGCCGUACCGACAACUGUAACACAUCACGCCAGCCAAGUGCUCUCUGCAUGCAUUCAAUCUAUUCCCGACAAAUGCAGUCUUAGAAUUCCCUUCUCCACAGCACGGCUCAAUCAGGAUGAGGAUUAUCACAACCAUUUCACGUUUCCUUUCCUGCAAUCAGGCAUAUUUCCAAUGUGCUUUGAUGUAUCAAAAUGCAGUGUGAUAUUGAAACAUCCUUGCCAGAGUUGUCAGCCUGAUUUUACCCGCCGCCCUGGCAAUGGGACCCUUUCACACGCCUGUGCUUCGCUGACCAAUAUUCUGCUGUCCUCUUGCCGCAGGCGUAAAUCACAACAGAACCCAUCAUUCGGGACGGUUACCAGCUUUGCGAACCACGAAGUGGAGACAACAUCAUGGGAAGGUGCGAGCAGUGUCUCACUGCUAGGUUGCCUCACUUUCAGUUUGCGGGAUUGCGAACCACCAGCGUGGAUGACCCCGAAGAUCUUACUCUCUUUCCGAUCAUAUCUGUUCCCUUUACUAGAUACAUUCACGAUAGUCAACCAUUAUAUCCACAUGUUCGCAGUGUGGAUAUUAGAUGCUAUUAGCCAUCACUAUCCAUAUAGUGUUCCACUUGCCCAAACUUCUCAAAAUAGAUGCCCCAUAGCAAGUCUGGGCGUAGUUUCGUUUAUGUUACUUCGACAACCGGAAUAUUCAGUCAUCAUCUUCAAAUUCCAAGCAGAGAACGUUUCUCUUGUAAUGAUGUUGACAGAAAAUGCCACCGGUUUAGUGGUGUCUUUCGGGUAUAAACACCCCACCUGGGUAGAUGUGAAGCCAGAGCAAAAGGUCAACCUUUUGCUCGAUUGCCACGAUAAGUUCCAUGAUAAUGAGUGUGCAUGCCUUAUCUUUCAAAGCAUUCAUUUCCACACUAUCGAAUUACUCUUCACUUUCCCUCUUGCGCAGCCAAUGCACAACCUAAUUUGUUUUCCUCAUUGUGUCCAGUUAAGAGUAAAAGGGAUCGGGCUGCCAUUCACAUUCCUAUUUGGAAGUUCGUUUCACCCAACGUAUACUCUCCCUUCUAGCUGCGGGUCGAAUAACAAGGCUCCCAAGGAGAAUAUAAUAAACCAGAAUCUCAGUUUUCCCCCGCGGUCUAGCACGCUCCAUCAAAUCUCACAUCGAUCUGAAUACAAGAAAGAUGCCAGUAUCACAGCAUCAAUCGAAAGCGCUCCUAAGCUCCCGCUAGACAAUAUAUUGCUCCCGUUGAGUUGUUGGAUCAUUGGAAGGUUUGGAAAAUGUUUUGAGAACACUUGCUCCCUCAAGUUAAGAGCCAUCUUUCCUCAAGGCUGCCGAGUUCCAAACAAAUUAACAAAUAAUCCUCUGAAGAAAAUAGCCUCACUCUCCUUCAGAGUAAAUACAUUCCUGGGAAAUAGCAGGAGGCAAGUAGAUUACCAAAUUGAAUUCAUGGCGUCCCAGAAUUCCUACUGUGCCGUUUCCGCGAACGUGUUCCACCAGUCACCAGGCCAAACCACUCACCAGGCCACCUCAAAACCCACCAAAAAUCGAAACCCCGCACCUUGA